GUAGGAGUCAGAUGCGGCGCCGCCUGCCCCGCAGGGACCGAGCAGAGGACAGCGCGGGUUUCCACGUCGGGGCGGGGGAUUCAGAAAUGAGCCUCUGAGCUCGCGCCUGGGCCUGGGGACUGACGGACAAGUGCAGGAUGGUGAAGAAGAGGCGGUCCUCCAGCGACACGGAGUUCAGGUUUGACGUGCCCGGCAGCCCCGACAAGGCCUGCGAGGCCCCGCACGGCGCCCCCGACAGCCCCGGCUCCGUGUUCCUCAGCUCAGAGGCCGAGAAUGGUGUGGAGGAGAAAAAGAAGGUCUGCAGGUCGCCCACAGCCCAGUCCCCCACCCCAUCCAGCGAGGCCGAGUCCCCAGACCCGAAGAGAGUCAUCUGCCUGCGGUCAAAAUCCAGUUUCGAUGGUGUCUCUUUAGGGAGUGAUAAGAACGAUUGCAAAACAGAAAGCAAAAAUGACUCUAAGAUUGAGAGGAAAAAGUCUUCGUCUUCCAGCCAGUACAAGGCAAAUCUGCACUUCCACAAGCUGUUUCUUGAUGUCCCGACUGAAGAACCACUGAGGCAAAGCUUUACCUGUGCUCUGCAGAAAGAAAUUUUAUACCAAGGGAAGCUCUUUGUGUCAGAAAACUGGAUUUGCUUUUAUUCCAAGGUCUUUGGAAAAGAUACUAAGAUCUCUAUUCCGGCUUUCUCCGUAACCCUGAUAAAGAAAACCAAAACUGCGCUUCUGGUGCCAAAUGCCCUGAUUAUAGCGACGGUCACAGACAAGUACAUAUUUGUCUCCCUCCUCUCCAGAGAUUCCACUUACAAACUACUCAAAUCCGUGUGUGGACACUUAGAUAAUACAAGUGUUGGUAACAGUCCCAACCCGUCUUCUCUUGAAAACAGUUUCCGGGCAGACCGCUUCCGGACAGACCGCCCUUCAUCUCUGCCUCUGGAUUUCAACGACGAGUUCUCAGAUCUGGAUGGAGUGGUUCAACAAAGGAGGCAAGACCUGGGAGGCUACAGCAGCUCCGGCUCGCAGACGCCCGAGUCCGAGAACUCCAGAGAUUUCCAUGUGACAGAAUCCCAGACAGUCCUCAGUGUCUCCAAAGGAGAAGCAAAGCCAACGAGGACAGAUGUCCAGAUGAACAGAGCACCUGAAGGCAAAGCCAAGAGUCUCCCUGCACACGGUCAGUCAGAAUCCAUUGGAAUCUUACACAAAGUGAAGUCUCAGAAUCGUCCGACUCUCCGCCAUAUUCUUAUAUUCUAUGCAGUUGUUGUCUGUGCGCUAAUCCUCUCGACCUUCUACAUGCGAUACAGAAUUAACACCCUGGAGGAGCAGCUGGGGUCACUGACCUCCAUUAUGGACACCCAUCACGCUGAAUACAGAACAACUUACAGAAAUUGCUUGAGAAUGGCGACUGACCGACCAGACUGCUUGGGCCAACGUGAUACCUCGCGCUUCCCUUUGAAGAAGGUGCUCCCGGAGGCGCCCGGCGAGUGCUCCCUGCUGGCCGGAGGAGCGAGCGGAGAGGCACCCAGCCACAUUCGCACUUGGAGGUCUCCAGCUCAGGAAAGGGGGGAGGGGAAUGAUUCUGGUGCCUGUGCAAUAAAAGUUGACCUUGACUCUCAGAGGAAGUGUUCCGCGUCGCUGCCUGAAGGAACCAGCCCCGUCUCGGGAGGACCUGGUGGACACUCGUGAACGACUGUGGUUCGGUGGCCAUCGUGACUGUCAGCAAACACUCCACAACGUGCCUUGUCAGUCCCUCUCCCCCUCCCCUACACCGCAGCCUUCAAGCUAAGGGAUAGAUCGUGUGCCAACAGCCCGAGCUGGCCCUCUGAAGAUUUAGCCAUAACUCUCCAGAAGGCAAUAAGGAGCUCUAAUGGACAGGCUUGCUUCAAAGAAAUGACCCCAGCAUUUUGUCUUUUUUUUUUUCCUUCUACUGUUAUGUUCUGGUUUAAAUCAUCUGUGUAUCCUAAUUUCUCAAUUGAAUAUUGGCAAAAAUAUUGGGCAAAGCAAAUAAACCAUCCAUUCACAUUUUGUUUUGUCCCUCUAACUAAUACGUAAUUGAACUGAUUCUCACCCGCCCCAAGUCAAGAAUCUGCGAGGCCUGGGACUGAAAUACUAAAUAAACUUACUCGAAACCAAAACUAAUCUUUAAACCAAAAAGUAGAAUGUGAUUUGAUACACGAUGAAAAACAUGGAAUUUUUAAGAUUAUAGGUGGACUAUGUUACUUUUGAAAAAGGAUGUCUGUAUUGAAUGUUGAAACCCAUUUCAGCAUAACGACAGAACGCUUUUGUGCUUUUGCUGACUAAAGAAAUAACCGGUGGUUUGAUAACUUCUAUUUACCAUAGGGUUGCCUGGUUUUUAUUAAAAAUUAUUUAGGUACUGUAAGAUCUGUAAUAUGAAAGGUAUUCCGUUUCUGUCUGCAAUGCAUUUUAUAAUCAUUUCUAUGAAAUGUAUUUUAUUUAAUCAGAUAAGCUAAUAAGUGAAUUGGUUACAUCAUUUGUGUCUGUUAGCCUACUGGACAAGAAUUGUGCCUGGUGCACCCUGGCUUUUAAUAAAUACUCAUUGGUGAAAACACCUUGCUA